AUGUGGACCCUUCAUCGUAUCUUUGUUGUUAUUACGGUGUGUUUUGUUGUACUACAAGGUAAGUAGGCUUUUGUAUUGUAGGUAUUGGCUGGUUAUAUAUUAUUGAUAUUAUGGUUAUGUAUGGUCUUUUUUUGCUUGAUAGUUAGGAGUACUUUAUGUUACUAGAAGGUAUGGAUAUUAUCCUUUAUAAAAAUGUUAAAACUAUUCAAAAAGCAAUGCCUAAAUGGUUUUUUUGUUUUUGUUGUGUCAUGUUGUUAUACUCAAAUUGAGUACAAUUGUGAAUAAUUUAAUAUUUUUCGAAAUUGAAAUGGUUAGUUCUUCUGUAAAUUUUAAUAAUUUUUAUGGAAUUUAGUCUCUAUUUUUCAAAAAUAUCUCACGUUUUUAUAGUACAACAUGCUCUUGCAUAAUAGUGAGUUGAAAAGGUAAAUAAGUAACAAAAAACACAUGAAAAUGAUGUUUUUAACUUAAAAAAUUUAAUUAACUUUUCAAAUAAGUGAUUUUAGUUGGGGGGGGGGGCAAAAAAAUGUUUUUGAUUAUGAAAUGUUUUUUGCAAAAAUCAUCGAGCAUGGGGUAUAGUAACUUUUUUCUGUAUUACCGCUUUCUUCUAGGUACAUAGGCCAGUAAAGCCAAAUUGUUUUAGUAAACUUAAGUUUUGCAUCUUUUUCUAACAAAACAAGCAUAAACUAUUUAUUUUUUAGAAGAGUUAUACUAUUUGACGCCAAAAAAGGCUUUCUAGAAAAUAAAAUUUAAAUUUUUUUAUAAUUUUAUUUAAAAUAUACUAUUUUUAAUACUACACUAUUGGUCUUUAGUCCGAAUGUAGUUUCAUAGUUGAGCUAAACUCCCAGUCUGAUCUACCACGAUGUCAUAAAAAGCGAAGGUAAAAAAGGUGGUUUACCUUUCUCAAGUACUUACACAAGUUUACUUUUGCUCUAAAACAUACUAUGAUGUAUAUUACUGAACUAACGGGCAUAUUUCGACAUAACUUUGCUUACUUUUUGACUUAUUAACUUGCAUUGACAUAACUUCCUUUAUCAUAUUCUUCACGUGAUGUUGUUGCAGCCUUUGCAGCCUUUGGCUCAUAGGUUAUGUCUCUUGAUGUUUGUACUAAAAUUUAUAUGUACAAUACAAAAAUGAAUAUACAAUAAGGUGCCACAAAAGUCUUGUCGCUUUUGAAUGUUCAAAAGCAUAUUAAUUGACGACAAGGCUUUUGUAAGACUAAUACAACAUUCUAUGCUGACUUUUUAAAAAAUAUACAAAAAUAGCUUACCUAGCAAAAAAAUAUUGUAAACUGACAUAGUAAAGCUGUUUGUUUCAGUUGUGAACUGUAUAAGCUUGGACAAUGUGUCACUAAAGAUCCUGAACAAAGAACGGAAGGAAAUGUUGAAGCGAUUACAUUAUAAUAAUCAGGUUCGUUUAAGGUUUUACUUUCGUUUGCAAAACUUGAAGAUGUACGCUUCAUCAUGUGUGCUUUAUUUCAGUCUCAGUAAUUUAAAAUUACAGUAACAUCAUUUUUUGUAAAGUGUGUUAGGGGGCGCAGAAUUAUGUGAACAACCUAUACAUUGUGGUAGAAUAUACCUAUAGGUAGUGCUGAGCAGAUAAUUUGGCUUCGAAUAGGCAUGGGGAACAAGUUGGAUCUGAGUGUUUGGCCAUUUAAAAUGCUUCGUAUUUCAGAUUUGGCGCCGAUUCAAAGUGCCGGGCCCGGAGAUGAACCCGGACGAUAUUAUUGUAACUUUCGACUUGCCCAUGGAUCGGCUGCGUCGCGCGCUCCUCAAUUAA